AGAGCGAGCGGCAAACUUUCAGAGGUCCCGGAGGCAGGCUGUGCGCCGCCCGCCCCAGGCGCGCGGGGAGUGAGGGUGUGUGUGUGUGUGUGUGUGUGUGUGUGUGUGUGUGUGUGUGCCUGCGCGCGCGAGCGCGCGUCUGAGUGUGUAAGGGGCCGAGGCUGGAAAGGAAAGCGGCCGCCUCGCGGAGAAGGAAGGAGCCUCCCCCUUCCUCGUCGCCCCCCUCCCCACUUCCCGUCCAGCUUGCUGUCGCUUCCCCCUCCGCGGGCCUCGGGGCGCACGGAGCCUUCCCACGGCCGAGAAGCUGGAGGAGCCUGUGGGGUGCAUGCUGGGCGGGGGACCCCAAGGCGCCCCGGCCGGUGGCGGCGGACGCCACUGCGCAGCAGUGGCCCCGAGUGCCCGUAUUUCUUCUUCGGGAGACAGACAUGCUUUCCCCACAAGGCCCUGGGAUCAUCAAAUCAUUGGCAGCCGGGAUUGCUUACCACCUGCAGCGUCUUUUCGGAGGAGGCGGCUGGCACGGAGGCCGGGCUACAUGAGAGGCACAGCUGGGCCCCAGAUCGGGUUUCUCUACCCAGCAGUGGCCACUCCGUUACGGGCCCAGGGAGCGGCGUGCGGGGAGGAGUCCCUCCAGUCUGAGUCCAGGGCCAGACACUGUGGCCUUGAACUUGGAGGCCAGUGGCAAGGCCCCUCUGUUGGGAGCCCAGCAGCCUCGUCUCUGACCAUUGUGGGCCACCCAGGCCUGGCUCUGACCGCUGUGAGGGGACCCUCGGGGCUCUUUGGGAUUCAGCUCAGAGCUGACACCAAACUACCUGCCAGGCUCACCAGGUCGUGUGGCCCUGGGGACACUGGGUGGCAGGGGGCGCUCCCACCCAUGGACAGUUCUGAGGCCCCAGGCCCUGGCCGGGAAGCUGCCAGUGGUGAAAGAGCAAAGGGCACCUGGACAAAAGGCUGUCUGUCCUCAGAGGAGGGGAAUGGCAGCAGGUGCAACCUUGAAAGUGGCCCCAGGGUCCCCUCUGCCCCGGCCGGCUCUCAGGAUGGCUUCACCUCCAGCUUUAGCUUCAUACGGCUCUCGCUCAGCUCUGCUGGGGAACGUGGGGAAGCGGAAGGCUGCCUGCCAUCCAGAGAUGCUGAGGCCCCUUGUCAGAGCCCCGUGGAGACGGAAGCCAAGGACGCCAGCUUGGACAGGCCCCACGCACACCCUCGACUUCUCUCUCCCCACUUCAACGUCAAGGCUGCUCAGAGCCUGGCCGACCCUGCCCAGAUGGCAGCAGGCAGCCCCCGGCUGGAGUGUGAGACGCGUUCUUUACCGGACGUGGACACUGCCUCCUCCUGUCCCCUGGUCCCCUCGUGGUCAGAGGGCAGCGGCGUGGGGGAUGCUCCCCGUUGGGAAACACUACUCAGGAGGUGCGAGCCUGUGCUGCUGGACUGCCUGCUGAGUGACCAGAGGCAGCUGGAGGUAAAGUCCUUAAGAUUAAAGCUUCAGAAACUUCAAGAAAAAGCAGUUGAGGAAGAUGAUUAUGACAAGGCCGAGGCGUUAAGACACAGAUUGGAAGAGCUGGAGAAGGAGAAAGGCAGCCCACACUUCCAGCUUCCUUCGAGGCAGCCGGCCCUCUGCAGCCUCCUGGGCCACCUGGACGCACAGGCCCAGGCAGCCUUGCGCCACAGGGCCUCCCAGCUGGCCAGCAGUGACGGCGCCCAAGCCCUGCUCAGAAUGGAGCCAAAGCGGUUCGAACCCACUGCCCAGGACGCCCUGCGUGUGUCCAUCACCAGACGAGACUGGCUUCUUCAAGAAAAGCAGCAGCUGCAGAAAGAAAUCGAAGCUCUCCAAGCAAGAAUGUCUGUGCUGGAAUCAAAAGAUGAGCAACUGAGAAGGGAAAUAGAAGAACAAGAGCGGCUGCUCCCGUGGCAGGGCUGCGACCUGGCCGCCCUGGUGGGCAGGCUGUCCCUGGGCGAGCUGCAGGAGGUCAGCAAGGCCUUGCACGACACCCUGGCCUUAGCCAACCAGAUUCCCCUCCAUGCAGAACCACCUGACGCCGUAAGGAGCCUCCGGGAACGGAUAAAAACCCUCAACUUGUCACUGAAGGAACUCACCGCUAAGGUGUGUAUGAGCGAGAGAAUCUGCAGCACUCUCAGGAAGAGAGUAAAUGAUAUUGAAAUCCAACUGCCGGCGCUGCUUGAAGCCAAAAUGCUAGCCGUAUCAGGAAACCAUUUCUGUACAGCCAAGGAGCUCACGGAGGAGAUGAGAUCACUAACAUCAGAGAGGGAAGGGCUGGAGAGACUCCUCGACAAACUGCUGCUGCUGAGCUCCAGGAAUGUCCAGAAGCUGGGAAGUGUGAAAGAAGACUACAGCAGACUAAGAAAGGAGCUGGACCAGGGGGAAACUGCCCACGAAACGAGUGUGAAGGAGAAUACUACGAAGUACAUGGAAAUCCUUGAGGAUAAACUGCGUAGCUGCAAGUGUCCACUGCUUGGAAAAGUGUGGGAAGCUGACUUGGAAGCUUGUCGGUUGCUCAUCCAGAGCCUACAGCUCCGGGAGGCCAGGAGCGCCCUGUCCACAGAAGAGGAGAGGCUUAUAGAAGACUCAGGGGGAGCUACCGGUCCAGCCACUCCUGCCAUCCCCUCCAGGCUCCACUCUGAAGACGAGAGGAGGAUCCCUUGGCAGGCCUUCGAAGAGUGGCAGGUUCACCUGACCGCAUCUCUGCACUGCGCUGGCAGCGAACAGAAGGAGGAAUCUUGGGUCCUUUCUGCCGAACUUGGAGAAAAAUGUGAAGCCAUCGACAAGAAGCUAUUGUACUUGGAAGAUCAGCUGCACGCGGCAAUUCACAGUCAUGAUGAAGAUCUCAUUCAGUCUCUCAAGAGGGAGCUCCAGAUGGUGAAGGAAACUCUGCAGGCCAUGAUCCUGCAGCUCCAGCCAGCAAAGGAGGCGGGAGAAAGAGAGGCCUCAGCUUCCUGUGUGACAGCUGGUGUCCGGGAAGCGCAGGCCUGAAGCAGGACA